CGAACCGUCUCAUCUCCGCGUCUCAGCUUCCAGCAGCCUGGUCCCCGUGGCUGUCUUCUCCGACUUCGAUUCGACAAACCCCCGGAUUUCGCUUAGCCCAUCAUGUCCUACGCCCAUCUCGGGGCCCCGACCGUGUUUAACGGAACAGGCUCCAAUGGAGGCGAUCCCAGGACCGAAAAUCUGAACCAAUGGUAUCAAUCCGGAGACCAGGCCUUCAUUCUGGUGGCCGCCUGUAUGGUGCUUAUCAUGGUGCCUGGCGUUUCCUUUCUCUAUUCGGGUCUCGCUCGCAGAAAAUCCGCCCUCUCCAUGCUCUGGGUCACGAUGAUGUCCUUUAGUGUCAUCGUCUUUCAAUGGUACUUUUGGGGUUACUCUCUAGCCUUCAGCGCGACCUCCAAAAAUGGAUACAUCGGCAACCUCAACCACUUUGGGCUUCAGAGAGUCCUGGCCACACCCUCUAUUGGAUCCCCCCUCGUCCCCGCCCUCCUCUACUCGUUCUACCAGAUGAUGUUCUGCGCCGUUACCGCCUGCCUGACAGUUGGAGCCGUCGCCGAGCGUGGCCGCGUCGUCCCGAGCAUGGUCUUCUGCUUCUUCUGGGCCACUCUAGUCUACUGCCCCAUGGCUUACUGGGUAUGGAACCCCAACGGCUGGGCUUUCAAGAAUGGAGUCCUCGAUUAUGCGGGCGGUGUCCCUGUCGAGAUCGGUUCCGGUGUCUCGGCUCUCGCUUAUUCCUGGGUCCUUGGCCGCCGAAACGAAAAGAUGAUGAUGAACUUUCGACCCCACAACAUCUCUCUCAUCACCCUCGGCACCGUUCUUCUCUGGUUUGGAUGGCUGGGAUUCAACGGCGGAUCUGCCUUCGGAGCCAACCUUCGAGCCGUCAUGGCUUGCUGGAACUCAUGCCUCACGGCCAUGUUUGCGGCCAUGACUUGGUGUCUCCUUGAUUUCCGUCUUGCCAAGAAGUGGUCCAUGGUCGGCUGGUGUUCCGGAACCAUCUCCGGUCUUGUUGCUGCCACUCCUGCAUCUGGCUUCAUUACUCCAUGGGCUAGCAUCAUCCUGGGUGUUGUUGCUGGUAUCUGCUGCAACUUUAGCACCAAGAUCAAGUUCCUUAUCCGCAUCGACGACUCUCUCGACGUUUUCGCUGAGCACGGUAUCGGUGGCAUGGUUGGCCUCAUCUUCAACGCUUUCUUCGCCAGCGGUAGCAUCAUUGGCCUCGACGGAGUCAACAGUGGCGCCAUUGGCGGCUUUCUCGACCACAACUACAAGCUCAUUGGAUGGCAGAUUGCUGCCAUCGUUACCGCUUCCGCCUAUGCCUUUGUCAUGUCCGCCGUCAUCGCCAAAAUCAUCGAUCUCAUUCCUGGUCUCAAGCUGCGCGCCUCUGAGGAAGCCGAACUUCUCGGCAUGGACGACGACCAGCACGGCGAAUUCUCAUACGAUUAUGUCGAAGUUCGACGUGACUUUUUGGCCUGGAGCCCCCACCGUGACGAGCCUGCCCACGAAAGCACAAUCUUGAUUGAGCCUACGCACGGUAUUCAGGAGCACGCGAAUAUGGCUCGCUCUGCUAGCCUGGCCGAGACUCAUAUGGAGGAGCCAAAGGCCGUAUCUUUGUCUGACGCUGGAAGAGACCGUCCGGGUAGCACCGAGGGCACCGAAGGCAGCCAAAGUAACGAGAAGCGUGACUAGAGUUGCGUGUCUCUAUGCUUUGCCCUCUCUUUUCUUUUUACAUAUUGGGGGUUAUACAAAAGCCUUUUCUUGUUUCUUGUAACAUUAUUCGCGUCGGCAUUUUUAGUUCGGGCGACACUGUAAUUUUCUGACGUUAUAUACACUUGUUUUGGGUAUCAUGAAUCAGCGGGCGUUUUGGAGCGUUAGCCCCGUAGGAUAGACGGGUCGGAAUGGGUUAUAUAGAGUGCGAGCAAUUUUGGAGAUACCAUUCGUGCGGAAGACUAUGAAAGAAUAAAUUUUAUAUUAUACUACACU